AUGUCCAGCCUUUUUGUGACCGUCCUUCUAACCGUGAGCGCCCUGACAGCACUCUACCUUUAUACCAACAACAAGAGACAAGAUGCAUCCGAGAAGCCCCUUCUCAAGCUUCCCCUCAUUGGUGAUCUUCACAGUUCUCCAAUCGAGAAACCGCUGAUGAAUUGGAGCGCCUGGUCCAAACAACACGGGCCGAUUACGGUUCCUAGGCUAUUUGGAAUUGUGCCUAUUGUCGUGCUCAAUUCCUACGAGGCUGUCACUGAACUCUUCAGUCGUCGCAGCCAGUGGUACAGUAAUCGACCAGCUUCUGUAAGCAUGGAGAUGAUUACGGGGGCUGGACCUGGACGUUCUCGGUUUACGCUGAUGCACGACUAUGACGAUCAUCUCAAGCUGCAUCAUCGUAUUCUCUCACCAAGUCUUGGAGCGCCCGCAGCAAACAAGUUUCAGCCGCUGAUGGAACUCGAGGCCAAGCUGCUGCUCUUUGACCUUAUCACCGCCGUAAGAAAGUCCACCGAUGGUUCCGCAAUCACUACAAAGACCAUCUACCCUUUGCUCGAGCGAACCCAGUCCAGCGUCAUUCUUGCACUUCACUAUGGCCUCCGCAUACCCAGGUUCGAAGAGCCACUUCUCCACGAGGUCAUUGCCAUCCAAACGAAAGUCACUCACCUCGCCGCAAAUCCCCAGCUUCCAGAUUUUAUGCCCUUCCUUCGCCACUUACCCACCCUCAUCUCCCCGUGGCAGCGAUAUGCUAACAAGCUCUACGCCUCUCAAGUUGAUCUCUACAUGCGCCUCUUUUGCCACGGUAAGAACGCACCAGGCUGGAACGCGACAAAGCAAGCCAUCGCGAGUGCACCGAAACACACUCCUGUGGACUCUCCAGUAUCAGAUCUCGAUCUUGCUUUCACGCUCGCGACAUCCAUUCAGGGUGGGAUGGAAACUUCACCGCGGCAGAUUCUCUGGCUCUUUGUCGCAGCAGUACAGAAUCCUACAAUUAUGACUCGUGCGCAUGAGGCUUUAGACAAAUUCGUCGGUCGCGAGCGGCUCCCUAGAUUUUCGGACCGUAAUCACCUAAACUAUGUUGAUGCUAUCGUACAUGAACUAUUUCGCUGGCGGCCCAUCUCCCCCGGUUCCAUUCCGCGACGUGCCGACCGCACGGAUGAAUUCGCCGGCGUAGAAAUCGCCAAAGGCGUUACCAUCAUGGCAAACGCAUGGGCCAUCGGCCGCGAUGAGGCAGUGUUCGACGCUUCCCUUGGAGAUGUACAGGACUUCGUCCCUGAACGCUGGCUACACGAUGGGAAGGUUCGUGGCGACCUUCCACUUCCUGUGUUUGGCCAGGGUCGAAGGAUCUGCCAAGGAAAGCGUGUUGCUAUAGACGGAACUUUCAUGAACAUCGCGCAACUACUUUGGGCCUUCAAUGUGGAGGCUUUAGAGGGGGAGGAGGUGGAUCCGUUGCAGAUGAGAGUUGUUGGUUUCAUGACUGAGCCUAAGCCGUUCAAGUUCCGUCUUAAGCCUAGGGGGGAAUGGGUGCUUGAUGUGGUAAGAAGGGAAUGGGAAAGUACGGAGAAGAGCUUGGAAGGAAUCAUGGGGGUUGCUAACGACGUAGAGAAAUAG